CCGAACUCCAACCCGACCCCCAACCCCACCUCAGCCGCCGUCCGACGCCGCCGCUCCUCCGCUACGGACGGCGCCAUGAGCGCGGCGGGGCGGGCGCGCGAGCCCGAGGCCGAGAUGCCGGCGACCGAGAAGGACCUGGCGGACGACGCUCCGUGGAAGCGGAUCCAGCAGAACACGUUCACGCGGUGGUGCAACGAGCACCUGAAGUGCGUGCAGAAACGAGUGGGCAACCUGCAGACCGACCUGGGCGACGGGCUGAGGCUCAUCGCGCUGCUCGAGGUGCUGAGCCAGAAGAAGCUCGGCCGGAGGUACAACGCCCGGCCCACGUUCCGGCAGAUGCAGCUCGAGAACGUGUCGGUGGCCCUCGACUUCUUGGAGAGAGAGAAUAUCAAGUUGGUGUCCAUCGACAGCAAAGCCAUCGUGGAUGGGAACCUGAAGCUGAUCCUGGGCCUGGUGUGGACGCUGAUCCUGCACUACUCCAUCUCCAUGCCCGUGUGGGAGGACGAGGACGAGGAGGAGGCGCGGCGGCAGACCCCCAAGCAGCGCCUGCUGGGCUGGAUCCAGAACCGGCUGCCGCAGCUCCCCGUCACCAACUUCAGCCGCGACUGGAGCAGCGGCAGGGCGCUGGGGGCGCUGGUGGACAGCUGUGCUCCAGG